UUGGUUAAAUAUGCUGACACUUCAAUGACUGUCAAAGAGAAGGGGCUCGCGACCGAUCCAAGAUGGCGGCGCCACCGCUGGUCGUAACGCUUUGUUGCUGCUCACUGUCCAGAGGGUGGCGGUAGUAUAUGUUUACAUCGGUUGCUAACCAUUAAAACCCAGUAACAGGGGAAUAAAAACACCGGAAGCUGAUAGCAGAGCUAGCUUGUUGUUGUUCUGGUGUGUGAGGUGAAUAUUUGAGGCUCUGCAGUAAAAAUGUCUUCACUUCAGUCUCUGGGUGAGUUGAUCAGCUAAAGCGACUAACUGCUGCUGCAGAAAUCUUCUCACCAGGCUGUGGAAACUUUCUCCUCCUCAACAACUUGGUGCAAGUUCUUUCCAGAAGCAGAGAAGAUAUUCUGUGGUCUUCGUGACAAUCGGAGCUCCAAAAGCAGCUGUUAGCUAAACACGGCUAAAGAAAACCUGCUACCACUUCAGGAUCAUCCAUCAGCUGGGACUGAUUCAUCGUGUUUACUUCACCAUCUGGAUCUGGACAGCAUGGAUACAGAUGUUCAACAGAUGGUGCUGGUUAAAGAAGAAGCUCCCGAAGAACAUAGUGCUGGUGUGGACCAGAAGGAUCCAGAACACCUCCUUCUAAUGGAGGAAGAGGAGGAAAUGUGGACCAGCCUGGAAGGAGAACAGCUUCAUUUGAAAGAUGAGAUUGAUCCCACCAGGUUUCCAUUCACAGCAAUUUCUACGAAGAGUGAGGAUGAUGAAGAGAACCCUUUUUCCUCACCGCUUCGUCAGCAGCGGCAAAUGGAAGAUGGGGAUAUUCCAACCAGCAGCUCAGCUAACCAGAUUACAGCAGAAACUAGCAGGAACCCAGAUCUGAACCAUCACAAACAGACAUUAAGUUCUACAGUGACUGAAGUUGGUGGAGAUGAUGAAGAAGUUGAUGACGAUGUGAAUCUAGACUCUGGGCCUCAAACUGGAGAUGGAGACAAUGACUGGAAUGAGAGCAGGUCUUAUGAGUCAGAUGUUAAGAUUGUCAACAAAUCCUUCAGCUGCCCUGAGUGUGGUAAAGAGUUUCUCCACAAGUCGUCUCUGCAGAAACAUGUAGAAGUGACAGGUCAUUUAGCAGGAAGGUCUUCAGGCUGUUUAGUUGAUAAGAAAUUUGUUAAAGUGAAGCAACAUGUGGACUCAUGCCGGAAAGUUCAGAAAGAAUCAAAGUCAUUUAGUUGUGAUGACUGUGGAAAAAUAUUUAGUCAUAAGAAAAAUUUAAACAGUCACAUGAGAGUCCACACAGGACAGAAAACUUUUGUCUGUGAACUCUGUGGACAAAAAUUUAGCCGUAAGUCAAGUUUAGACAUUCAUGUGAGAGUCCACACGGGAGAAAAACCUUUCACGUGUCAGUUCUGUGGACAACGAUUUAGGCAGAAGGCAUAUUUAAACAGACACAUGAGAGUCCACACAGGACAGAAACCUUUUGCCUGUGAAAUAUGUGGACAAAGAUUUAGUCAAAAGGCACAUUUAAACAGUCACACAAGAGUGCACACAGGACAGAAACCUUUGGUCUGUGAGCUCUGUGGAAAAAGCUUUAGUCAUAGGACAAGUUUAAACCGACACAUUAGAGUCCACACAGGACAGAAACCUUUUGCUUGUAAGCUCUGUGGACAAAGAUUUAGCCAAAAGGCAACAGUAAACAGUCACAUGAGAGUCCACACAGGACAGAAACCUUUUGCCUGUGAGCUCUGUGGACAAAGGUUUAAUGUCAAGUCAAAUUUGAAAAGUCACAUGAGAGUCCACACAGGACAGAAACCUUUUACCUGUCAGCUCUGUGGACAAAGAUUUAGUCAAAAGGCCCAUUUAAACACUCACAUGAGAGUCCACACAGGUCAAAAACCUUUUGCCUGUGAACACUGUGGACAAAAAUUUAGCUAUAAACAAAGUUUAAACAGUCACAUGAGAAUCCACACGGGAUAGAACUCAGUUACCGAGCUAUUCAUUGCUAAAUCAAACGUUUUUCUGAUAAACUGUAAGAAAGAGUGUCUAAUAUUGCUGUAGACAAGUGAGGUCAUUGUGUUGGCAUUUUAGUGCAUCUUAUGUUAAAUAGAAAUGUUCUGCCUAAAACUGCUAGUGUAGCUCCCUCUUCAGGUAAAAACUGUGCUCUACAUUGAUUUUAAAUCAGCCAUUGCUAUAUGCAAAGAGGUAUCCAGUGAUGUUGCCGCCAGUACCAUAUUAUGUCAGCAGUACUGCCAUUGUGGGGUGUAAAAACAACAGUCUUUGCUACUCCUCCAUAGUGAGUUAGAGUUAGAAAAGUGAUAGCCUUGGCUUUGGUUCCUAGAUAUUCAUCUUGUACCCUGAUUACUGUCCAUUAUCCUAGAUCAGGUCUGCAUCUGACCUAUGAGAAACGUCUUCCUGGCCAGUGAGCCAUAUAUUGUGGUCCCCAAGCUGUAAAUGUUUUGCUAAAUUCCUGUUUCCAUCGAGAAGCUGAGUAGUAUUAUGUGCUUUGCUCAUAAUUAAACAAUGAUGAGCUUCAACCUGAGCUACUGUCCUUUUAGGUUUCACUUAUUGAGUGUUGCAGCAGAGAGUUUAGCAUGGCAUCUAUACUCUAAUGUUAAAUGGUUUGUGUAGUGUAGAAAUACUUGUCAUUUACCAGUGAUUUGUAUUUUGUAAAUUGCAUAAAUAUAACUAUAGAUCUUUUAAGUUGUUUAGUCGGUGGUUGCAAGAUUGGCCCCAGCUAGGGUGACUCGUCAAAUGUAGGACAGAAACUACUCAAUGUGGAACAAUGUCAAAUUAUAAUGCAACAUAAAAGAAAAUUUCUAUUCUGCCUUUUAGCUCAAAAAACACUGUUUAAUAUACAUAUAAUUAUUAUUAUUAUCAUCAUCAUCAUCAUCAUAUAUUUCAUGUACUGUAGAUUCUAUUUGAAUUAAACUUGAACAAGCAAACAGAAAAA